AAUGACAGUGAAAUUAGUAGAGAAUGGUUUGUAACCUAUAAAGGCAGCUCGGCGGAACCUCAGACACAUUCCCAGCCAGAGACAGUACAGUAGAUACAGUCAGGAGCUCAGCUGGUCAGGGCAGCACAAUACACUUUGUUUUAAGGUUUCCCGUCUAUUGGAUGUAGCUUACGCUUUGUGAAAGUUUUUUAAGAUAGUUUCGUGACCUGUUCCUGAGAAAGCAAGAAAGAGGAGAACCUGUGGGACCAUGAACAGCUUCACUUCAGAUGACUUUGGCUUCACCUUCCUGGAGGAAGGGAUUUCCGUCCAGGACUUCAUUGAGCAGAAGAACCAGGAGCUGUCCAUGUUGGACUCUGAAGAUGCCUUCUUCGUGGCGGAUCUGGGGGAAUUAGUGAAGAAGCACCAGAGGUGGGUGCGUUCCAUGCCUCGGGUCACGCCCUUCUACGCCGUCAAGUGCAACGACAGCCGGCCCGUUGUCAUGACGCUUGCCACCCUGGGGACGGGGUUCGACUGCGCCAGCAGGCAUGAAAUUGAGCUGGUGACGUCUCUCGGGGUGGACCCCAGCAGGAUCAUCUACGCCAACACCUGCAAGCAGGCGUCUCACCUCAAAUAUGCCGCCGAUCAAGGCAUCCAGAUGAUGACCUUCGACAGCGAGGCGGAGCUCGUUAAGAUCGCCCGUUGCUAUAAAGAUGCGAAGCUGGUCCUCCGCAUUGCUGCGGAUGACUCGGAUUCCUUGUUGACGAUGAGUGACAAGUUUGGGGCGACGAUGAAGACCGGCUGGAAGCUCCUGGAGCGCGGGCGGUGGCUGGACCUCGACAUCAUCGGGGUUAGCUUCCACGUGGGCAGCGCCUGCACCAACCCUGAUACCUACAGGAAGGCCAUCUCAGACGCCCGCGCCAUGUUCGAUGUUGGGAAACAACUGGGCUACAAAAUGACUCUUCUGGACCUUGGUGGGGGAUUCCCUGGGUACGACAUUCCGGACUUGUUUGUGUUUAAGGAGUUUGCCGCGGUUAUAAACGCAGCCCUGGAGGAAUACUUUCCUGCCGACUCGGACGUCAGAGUAAUCGCUGAGCCUGGCCGAUACUACCCGUCGUCAACCUACACACUGGCCGUCAAGAUCAUCGGCAAGAAGGUGGACAUUAAGGAGCCAUCGGGCGAUGAAGACAAAGAUGUUGGAGCCGACAACAAGACUAUGAUGUACUACGUGAAUGACGGGGUCCACUCCUCAUUCAAAUUCGUCCUUUUCCCCCACGCCUAUGUCCUGCCAGGUCCGCAGAAGAAACGCAAGCUGAAUGAGCGCACCUAUCCCAGCACCAUCUUCGGCCAGACCUGUGAUGGGCACGACCUCAUCGUGGAAGAGUUUGACCUGCCUGACCUGCAGGUGGGCGAGUGGCUGCUGUUCUACAACAUGGGGGCCUACACCGUCACCACCUCCACCACCUUCAACGGCUUCCCACAGCCUGACAUCCACUACGUGAUGUCCCGGAGCGCGUGGCAGCGCGUUCAGCAGAUCUAUGCUGCUCAGGGGCUGUGUGACUGCGAAGAGGCCGGUCUCACCGACGCUCCAGCAAGUGAUGGGAAACCCAGGCCUGCCCGCCUCAUAGAGCCCAAAAUCUCGGGGGGAUGGACGGGGCAGUAGCCUGUCCAUGAGGGCAUGUAGCAGGUACACGAGGGCUCGUAACAGUAAUUGUUAGAGAGAGUGUUAAUCCUCCUUCUCAAGGGUGUUGGGUGUGAAUUUAGAUUUUAUUAUUUAUUUUUUUUUUUUGAUUCAUUGGUGAAACUUAUAGAUGAUGAAGGCGUUAAUGAACGGGUUUUUCUGCACCACAAUGUUUUUCGUGGCCCGCCUUAAAGUUUUUUUUUCAUAUCACCUAACCGAAAGUAAAAAAAAAAAACCCUGGUUUUGAAAUGGUCUGCAUGUUUUGGUACGAAUUGGUCAUCCUGCCACUCUGGGCGUGGGAGACAUGGAAGACAGAAGUGUCUCUAGUGCCUCUGAAUAUGCAGGAACCGCACGAGUAGAAGAUAGCUCUAUGAGGUAGCUGCACUGUUGUGGGGCACCCGUGCAUCUCUUGCUCGACCCCUGCAAGCAAAAUGUAUUUUAAUGCACAAUCUGUCUAAGGUUGGAGCCUCUACACACUUCAGCUCUCAAUAGCCAAUAUCAAAUAAAUGCACACCUCACCCUGUCUCUUUUAAUACUCAUUUCUGCUCCCCUUAAUUUAAUUUAGCUAGCUUUAUGGUAGGGUACCGUAGCUUUAUGUAAGGGUAAGCAAUCAUGUUUUGAGAAACUUAUCUUGCCAUUUUAAUUAUUUCAUUUCAGUGGUACUUUCGAACAAUUAGUUAAACCUUAAGUAUUAAGUUUAGUUAAACCUCUUGCUUCUGGCACACAAUAUGUAACCCUUUAAUAAAGAUGUAACAUAUUCCAACAUCAA